CUUAUUUUGAUCGAUAUCGUCAAAAUUCACAUUAUAUUUGUUGUGCAUGUGAGCUGAAGGAAGUGAUUUUGUCCAUUUGAAGAUAGCGUUGUGGCAUGCAAAUGUAGUAAUGUAAAAGGCGCACCCAAUAAGCCAUUAUUGAAAGGUAAAUAAGUUGGUAUCCUCCCUUGUUUGACGUCACGUUUGAUCAGGCUCCUCGCAUUGAAGAAGAGAAGCUUUUAGUUUAUAAAGCUCAUGUGUGGACGACCAAAGGUGUUCUUUUUGUCCGUCGCCAACUUCAGAAAGGACGAAGAAGAACAUUUCCAAGCAAGGAAGGACAAAGAGGAUUUCUGGUUGUCAGACCGGCGAGAACGGCUACCAUCAUUUGACAGUUUUCACUGUAAACGCCGUCUGUGAUGGUCGCAGACUCGUCCUUGAAUAAUCUUCGCUAGUGAACUUGCGGCAUCUCGAAUUCUGUUGAUAAUUUUAUCGUCAACUUUGGAGGCAUUUGACGAGUUCGACUUCGAAGGUGACCUUCUUUUGAAAGCGGUUUCGUUUGAGGUGUAUAAAAUAUUAACUACUAUUGGUGCCAGAGUGCAGAUCAACCUAACCUUGUAGCGAGAGAAGAUCAUUAUUUUGCUCAGAGAAAUAAGCACUUUUUCCGAGACAUUGCUUUAUCUGAAAAAUACUAACCCAGCUGAAGUCAAACAUCUUUGCCCAAACAGUCAGAGUCAUUUAUGGCAGAUCAGAAAGCAGGGACAAGUGGACAAGAUGUAAAAGAAGAAAGCAAUUCCAGCAGCCCUGAACAACCUCGGAGUCCAGGCGCAAAGUCAACAAACAGUGAUCAUGAGUACAUCAUGCUGGCUGUGCCUGAUAUCGAAUCUGAUUCUGGGUCAGCUCUGUCAGGCUCUUCUGUGGAUAAGAGCAAAUCUCAGGGGAGUAGUGUGAGUAGUUUUGCUGAUGUCAUAACUCCUGACAUGGAGGCUACCUUGGAGAAGGGUCCAACAGAGGAAGAGGUACAACACUUGGUGGAAGAUGCAAAAAGAGAUAUUUCACACUUCUCUGCUUCACAAGAAGAGGUGUUUCCCAGUCAGGAUAAAGGAAAGGAUCUUCAGGAAGGUAGUCAAAUACCAAGUGAAAACCAUGAUCAUGUUGUAAAUGCACUUGCUGUGGAUGGUGAUUCACAAACAGAAGAUGACAAUUCCAGGGGGGAACUGGUAAGACAGCGAUCUGCAUCAGAUGGUGAGGCCAACACAGGUCAGACUGAAAAUGUUGCUGAUUUCACUAGUGAAGAAGCAGUGCAAGCUAGAUCAAGCACUCAUCCAGGACACUCCGAUGAUGAAAGUGAUGAUAAUGCCAUUUUAUUUGAUGGGAUCACUUAUUUAGGAUCCUCGACUGUGAAUGCACCUGUCAGUGAAAUUGAAUUGAAAAGAACAAUGUCUAUCCUGCGAGAACAGACGGAGGUCACUAUUGAUGUUUUGCUAUAUGUUGGUUCAACGUCAGAGAGCAUGAUCAGACUUAAGGAACCUGGAACGCAGGCUGACAUUGCAACUUAUCGCAUACAGAGGAUUUUGUUUUGUGGUCGUGGUGAUGCUGAAGGGAAAGAAAGGGACUGUUUUGCCUUCAAUACUGUCCAUGGAGACUCAGAUAUCUUCCACUGCCAUGUAUUCAAGUGUGAAGAUCCUGAAAAGGUAAAGGGUCUCUACAUUGUAAGCUCUAAAGAGGUGUCUGUAAUAAUACAAAUUCAGUUAAAACAGAUCUUUAAACUCCUUCAUAUGGUUUCAAUUUUUAUUUAGGUACAGUAUAUAUAUGUUUGUUUCUUGGGUAUGCCAUUGUGAAGUGGCAAAGCAAGAUUCAAAAAUGGUGGAUGAUUUCACUCUGCUCACUCUACAAAACUUGAGAUCUGGGCAGAAAAAGCUGUACCGAUCUGAGAUCGUAGUAAGAAGAUUCCAUUUAAGGCUACUCCUACCCAUAAAAGAAGCAAGCUUUGGCUUGGUUGCUUCAGUGUCAUAAAAUAUUACCAUUCGCUGUUCUCAAUAACAUUGUUUCAUUAUUGUGAUAACUUCAGGAACUCACUGAAAAAUGUUUUUUUCUGCAGAUCUUUAAUGAACUGUUUUUAGUAACUGUGUUUCAGUGGUGUUUCUUCUUUUGAAGAAAUCCUUGGUGUUUGUGUUACUUUGUAAAAUGAAUUCAAGGCAAGUGACUGUACAUGUAGA